AUGCCCGCUCGUACUCUAUCUCGAAAUGACUCGCAACUAAUAACAGGACGAACCUUUCCCGAACGGCUGAAAGGAACGUUGGACGCUAUAUUUUCUCAGGUGCAGGACAAUGUACAGAAUCAUCAAAAGAACCAAGUCGCAUUGUACAAGCUGCACUUCGAAGCGCAAGGCACUGCGAAACUAUGUGAAGGGACGAAGAAGCCGCAAAAUGGAGAGGAUUUCUUUUGCGACGUGUUCAUCGAGCGGUUGAGCUACAUCCUCGACUAUCCUCGAAAGCCACUGUACAACAAGGUCGAUCGCCUCGUGCAGUUCAUUGGGUCCUACGUGAAGUACAUGAACGAGAAAGGUGCGUGGCUGGACACCGAAGACGCGGAAGCAGACGACGACGACGACACAUUCGCCUCCCGCUUCACCGCCGCCUUCAUCCGCUACAUCCUCCAAGGCUACAAAGCCACCAACAAGGCCGUCCGCGUGCGCGUCGUGCAGAUCACCUCCCACGUCAUCUCCCAUCUCGGCCAGAUCGAGCUCGACCUGUACAACGACCUCAAGACGGCCCUCAAGGAUCGCGUUCAGGACAAGGACGCGUCCGUGCGCGCGCUCGCCGUCACCUCCCUCUGCAAGAUCGUCGACACGGCGACCGAGGACGAAGACUAUGACACGGAGGUCGAGGAGCUGUUACUCGACGCGUUAGCCGGCGAUCCAGCGGCUGAGGUCCGACGCGCCGUGCUCGUCAACCUUCCCCUCGAUGAGCGGCGUCUGGAAUUCAUUCUUCCACGCUUGCGAGAGCAGGAUGCCAUUGCAAGGCGUCUGAUGUUCACCAAGAUUCUCGCAUUGGAUAGCAAGCCAGACGAGGAGCUUCCCUCGGCACACCCCAGCAAGCUGAGGCCAGAGCAAAUCACAGAGAUUGUGAAGGCCGGCCUGGAGGAUCGGGAUGAAACCAUACGCGCUGCGGCUGCCCACCUUAUGGCCAGUUGGUACGAUGAGAUGGCCGUCACCAAAGGCAGGGUGAAGGAUGAGGACGACGAGAAGCCUAUCGCAGCAGUUAUCGAAGAGCAACUCGUUACGUUCUUGUCCCUCUUCGACCUCGAGAUCGGAGGAGGUGAAUUGGCUCGCAGGGCAGUGGAAGCGGUGUUCAAGGCGCGGCCAGAGACGGUCGGCAACCUGCAAUUCGACAGUGAGUGCAAAGACUUCACUCCCGAGUCUACUCUCCUCAUGCGCAUCUUCGUCGACUACUGCAAAGUACACGAUAGCAGCCGCAUCGACGCCGUCAUGCCCGAGAUCCAAACCCUCGCGACCGUCGUGCAGAAGACUUUCAACUCCCUGAUAGAAGAUAUCGACAACGAGGAGCGGGAGGUGUUCAACGAGGGGCUUGGCACUGCGAAGUACUCCAAGAUGCUCAUCAUCGACCAAGUCCUGCACACAAUCACGCUCAUGUCGAUUGAUCACUACGGCGGGCUUAGGACCUCGGCUCUCAUGAGACGAAUGUUGGAACAUCCAUUACUACCUAGCGAACUGAUACCGCGGUGCCUCGACGUGUUGAGGGAGGUCAUUCAGAACGAGCGAGAUCUGAUCAUGAUGGUCGUCGAAAUCAUGGACGAACUGCGUGACCCGGCCGCCAAGCGCGCUGCAGAUGGGGAAGACGGCGAAGCGCCAGACCCCGACCGAUCCCAGGACAUCGACAGUCCCGAGGCGACACCGAUCGCGAAGCGGCCGUACAACGAGAUGUUCAAGAAGCCCGUGGCGGAACUGACCGAGGACGAACGGGAGCAAGUGGACGAGAUCGACUUGAAGUGCCUGACACUCUUGCAGUGCGUGCUUGAGCGGGUGGAAGAGCCUCUGGAGAACAACGCGAUGCUCAUGGGGCCGACGGCGAAUGUUGUUCAGCCCGCUAUCCAACGCGACGAGCUCGAGUUCAAAGAGAAGGGUUUGACCUGUCUUGGGCUGUUGUGUACCAUCUCGCUGGUGAAGGUCGUGGUUGAGAUCUUCUUCCAGUUGAUGGUCGACAGCGACGACGACAAGCUGCUCGCGGUUGCAGCCCAUGGGUUGGCGAAGCUCGUGCUUGCGGGUAUGAUCAGCGCAGCGAGGACGGAUGGGUGCGAUGAGGAAUCAAAGGGAGAGGAUGAUACGAACGAGCGGUCGAUGCUCGAGUUGACGAUCCGCAACCUCAUCAUCGCCUACACGCAUCCGGACAACUUGUCUAAUCAGCCGCUCAUUCAAUGCUUGCACCAUGCCCUCAGCGUCUUCGCGCACACAGCGGCAAUGAACAAGGAUAUCAUGCGAAGUGUAUGUGUGCUUCUUUACAUCCCUGAAUCAGUGAGCUUACACGCCUCGCACUUGCAGUCCUUCCGCCCGCUCUACGAACAACUAUGCGCAGUGUACCGGGAGCAGAGAGACGAGGGCGCACUCGAGCCGAGUCGGGUGAUCGCCAUGUUCUUAGAGUGGACGGACCCAGAACUGGAGUGUGCAGCUCGACCUGGCGAAGGACGUGCUGAGGAUGUUGUUGAAGGACGAAUUGGACAGUGCGUCGAAUUCUUUCACCGGCAAGACGAACGGAAGCCCUUAUGUUCCAUGCUGCCGGCGCUUCGACUACCGGACGGCGAGGACGUGGACGCGUUGAAGGUGCAGAAGGUCAAGCUCCUGACGGAGACGCUAUUGAAAGGGCGCCACCCACCACCCGGCAAAGGCCCACGCGACCUCGUCGAGAAGUUUGAUAAGCAGCUCGAGAAGCGAUACACAAGCCAGCUAGAGGGCUUCAGUCGGGAGGAGGCGAGGGAAAGAGACGAGUUCAAGGCGUUGUUCGAUUUUGUGGACGACAUGUUGGCGAGCGGUGGGGAAGAGGAUGUGAAGCCGAGUACGAGGGGGUCGUCGAGGUGA